UUCUCAGCUGUUUGGAGUCGAUGAUUAAAAGACUCAAGCGGAGGAACCGAUGUGGUAUCGAUCAUAUGAUGACUGACCGGGCGGAGAGCGCUGCGCUGCUCUGUGUGUCCCGUUUAGUGUCUGUGAGGCCGGGGCUGCUGCAGGUCUGUGGACGGGACGUCCGACAUGGAUCACAGGAGCCGAAACUACGAGGACUGGAUGUCAAGUUUACCUGAGGAGCUGUGGGACAUUCCCCUAACACAUCUCUCCAUACCCGGGAGCCAUGAUGCCAUGAGCUACUGUCUGGAUAUAAACUCCCCGCUGGUCCAGUCUGAGUCAGACACGUUCAGGCUCCUGGAUAGACUUUUCUACUGCUUCACCAGACCUGCAAUUUUUAAAUGGGCCACCACACAGGAUAAAAGUAUCGUGGAGCAACUUUCCAUGGGAAUCCGGUUCUUCGAUCUCCGCAUUGCACACAAGCCGAACGACCCAUCCAACUAUCUGUAUUUUACACAUGUAAUAUACACACAUUUAACAGUUUUGGAAACACUUGUGUCUGUUGCUACAUGGCUGGACUCUCACCCAAAGGAGAUUGUUAUCCUAGCCUGCAGCCACUUUGAGGGACUGAGCAACAGUCUCCAUGAAUCAUUCAUUCUGUCCCUGAAGAAGCUAUUUGGUUCAAAACUCUGUCCCCAGAAGGAAUCAGUCCUGACCUUGCGGAGUCUGUGGGCGUCUGGGCACCAAGUCCUGCUGUCCUAUGACGACCAAGCUGCAGAGAGACAUCAGGAGCUGUGGCCAGCCAUCCCGUACUGGUGGGCAAACCAGCCCACAGCACAAGGAGUGAUCAGUUACCUGGAAUGGCAAAAAGACAUGGGGCGUCCAGAGGGCUUUUUUGUCUCUGGCCUGAACCUGACAGCAGAGAGAUACUAUAUCGCCACGCACCCGAAGCAAUCCCUGCGCACACUGACGCUGAGUAACUGGGAGUGUCUGCAGAAAUGGCUGGAGGACCAGAAACCUGGACCAGAGUCCAACAGCCUCAACAUCAUUGCAGGAGAUUUUGUGGGACCUGUCCCGUUCUGCCCACUGGUCAUUGAACUGAACAAAAAACUCCUACAGAAAACUCCCAAAUAGAAAGGCAAGCACCAUUCGCUGGAAUAUUGGGAAUUUUAUGUCAUAUGAGAAAAUUCAAAAAUAACCAGUGUAUACCUCAUCACUUAUUUUCUGUAUCUUUAUAAUGAAAAGCAAUAGUGUCAUCUACAUUACGGCUUUUACUGAGGGAAACAUGUACUCGUAGAAAUGUUUUGAAUAAUUACCUUUGUACAGAUGAGUUUUUAUACCUCUUACAUCAGGUAAAAAUGUUUUCUCACCAGCAUGUGAACUGCAUAGUUAGUUACAAUAUAUAUUGUAUAAAUACACUUUUUAU